CCUCGUACCUCCUUAAACAUCGUGUCCUACCUCCUCACUCUCCUUGUCUUCCUCAACACCUCACAAAACAAGCCAAGAUGUCUUUUGAUACCGAAGUUCUUAUUAUUGGGGGCGGCAUGUCGGGCUUAGGCCUGGCUGUCCAGCUCAUCAGGAAGUUUGGCGUUCGCGACUUCGAGAUCAUCGAGAAGUCGGAAGACGUUGGGGGAACGUGGUUGGCGAAUACGUAUCCUGGAUGUGGAUGUGAUGUGGCGUCUCAUUUCUACUCUUACUCAUUUGCGCUCAACCCUGACUGGACACGGAAAUACUCUAUGCGCCCCGAGAUCCAACAGUACUUCCGAUCCAUAGCUGAGCAGUACAGGAUCCUCGAGAACGUCCGUUUCCAUUCUUUCGUCGAGAAGGCUAUCUGGGACGAGUCGAGUGAGACUUGGACUGUUACUAUCAAGGACCAGAAGACCAAACAGACUAUCACACGUCGUGCCAAGAUCGUCAUUUCUGCGGUUGGUGCGCUGUCGGUGCCAAAAGAGUGUGAUACGCCUGGAGCUGAAACCUUUGAGGGACCAAUUUUCCACUCUGCGAAGUGGGAUCACAGGUUUGAUUGGCAGAAUAAGGAUGUCGUGGUUAUUGGAAACGGAUGUUCGGCGACGCAAUUCGUGCCCAUCAUGAGCGGUGGUCCAAGGGCAACCAAGAAACUCACUCAGUUUGCCCGUCAAUCCCAUUGGCUGUCGGAACGAGAGAACCCGUACUACUCUUCGACCUUUAAGAACUUCAUGCGUUACGUGCCGCUAGCCAUGCGCCUGUACCGUGCGAAGCUCUAUUGGGAUAUGGAGAAGGACUUCACCGGCUUCAAUAUCCAGAGCGGACGUAAUAUACGAGCAGAUCUCGUCAAAACCAACAAGGAGUACGUGAAGAGAGUAGCCCCCAGGAAAUACUGGGAUGUGCUCAUCCCAAAGACUGAGAUUGGGUGCAAGAGGAAGGUGUUGGAUACCGAUUAUCUAGCUUGUCUUCAUCGACCAAACGUAGAACUCGUGGCUACUGAUCCGAUAAAGGAGAUCAUCCCCAGUGGCGUACGGACGGAGUCUGGAAGAGAGGUCAAAGCUGAUGCGAUUGUUCUUGCAAUCGGAUUUGCUACGAGUCAAUUGCUGUUCCCUAUGGAUAUAAGAGGCAAGAACGGUAUCAGUCUGAACAAACACUGGGACUCCGAGACCGAAGGCGUUGCACAGGCAUACUUCGGUACAUGUGUGCCUGGUUUCCCCAACUUCUUCAUCAUGAUGGGCCCUAACACCACCACCGGUCAUCUCUCCGUCAUUUACACUGUCGAGUGCCAAAUCAACUUCACCCUCAGCCUCAUCGAGCCCAUUAUCAAGACCCUCCCAUCUUACCGCAACCGCUCCAUCCUCCCAUCUCUCUCGCUGUUCAGCCCAGUCCCAUCAGUCAUCGACGUCAAGCCCGAAGCUGCCCGUCUCGACAGCGCCUGGACCCAACUCGAAUGCAAGAAGCUGGUCUGGUCCUCCGGUUGCACUAACUGGGCCAUAGACCCGAAGACCGGCAUGAAUAUCAUGAUGUACCCCGACUGGCAGUUCCUGUACUGGUGGCGCAGUAUCUUCUACAAGAAGCAGGACUUUGUGUACACAGAAGCGAAAACCGGGAAAGAAGUCAAGCCGUGGAGUCCGUCACCGUUGGGGCUGGUUGCGCGUACGGCGGCGGUGGGGUUGCUGGUAAGUAGUGGGCUGAUUGCGACGGGCGUGGUGGAUCGCGAUGCUGUGGAGGAUGGCGUGAAGCAUAUCGUUGCGAGUGCGAAGGAGCUGGUGAAAUGGCGUUGAGGUAUCCUAUCAAUCCGUGUGCACACAGCGCGCAUAAUCCAGGGCAAUUACGAAAUUGAGUAAAGAUGGUUACGUCACACCCAGGACGUUGACGUUUUUGACGCCACCGUCCAAAGUACCCCGAAACUCCUCCCAGCCACCCAGCCAAGACCUCACGAUAGCAAAAUAUUCCCACAUAUCGCACGUG